AUGCCGCCGACCCGUCACCCCAGCUCCCCGUCUCUCGAGGUCGAGCCCUACGCGGCCCCCGCGGAGCCGUCACGCGCGAGCAAGACCCCCGCCACCACGGCAGGCAACAAGGACAAGCGCCCGUGGACGGCAGCCGAGUACCUCGCGCUCUUCGAGCACGUCACCAAGCACGGCGCGACGCGCUUCGAGGACGCGGUCCCCGGCCGUACCAGGAACCAGUGCUACAAGGCCUUCACCUCCCCCUCGCUCGACAUCAAGCCCUACAUCGUGCCGGAGGGCACCCGAUCCCCGGCCCCAGAGAAGACGACCGACACGGCGGCGUCCAAGCGCGGCCGCGGCACCGCCUGGAGCGGACCCGAGUACAUCGCGCUCUUCGACCACGCGAUCAAGCACGGCGCAGGCACGUUCGACGGCGUCGUGCCCGGCCGCACCAAGAGCCAGUGCUACAAGACGAUCAUCGCCAAGCCCCGCGGGUGGACAAGCGACGAGUAUCUCGCCCUCUUCGACCACGUCGCGCGCCACGGCCCAACGAGGCUCGAGGACGCGGUGCCGGGCCGGACCAAGAACCAGAGCUACCAGGCGUUUGUUAAGGUCGUCGCGCCGACUUGUCGCGCUGCGCUGGCUGCCAAGGGCGGCGGCAAGGUCAAGUCGGAGUAG